CGAAAGUGAAAGUAGAAUUUGUUAUGUGAACAUUCACUGGAUUUAAACAUUUGCCGACUUCCUAACAGACAAACUUAGAACUUCUUAGCAUACUUAAGGUUAAAUAAACAUGAUUUUUGAAUAUUGGUUGUUAUGGACUAGCUCGUUGUCAGUUUCGGAUUAGGCGAAAGAAAUCAACAAAUGGGCGUCGAAAUGCCUCUGAUCACUAAUGUCGACGUCCCAUUAGUUGCAAAAUUGGAUACAACGAUUCUUGACAGAAAUAUAAAAGAUUACGUUAAUGUCACAGCAGAGAAAAAGAUCAACGACAAUAUCGCUGAGUUGAAAAAGAAUAUACUAAACGAGAUUCUUAGCACGAAAUAUCCACGAGAUUGUGAAGACAUAAGAGCCACACAAAGUGGAAUUUACAGGAUAUACCCUAGCGGUACACGAGGGUUUGAUGUUUACUGUGAUAACCAACACGAAAAUGGAGGUUGGGUUGUUUUGCAACGACGAAAAAACGGUAGUGAAAACUUCUAUAGGGAUUGGUCUGAUUAUAAAGACGGAUUUGGCGAUCUUAACGAGGAUUUUUGGUUAGGUAAUAUAAAAAUACACGAGAUAACAAACAAAGAUGAGUAUGAACUUUAUAUACAACUCGGAGAUUUUGAUGGCCAGAAAAGAUAUGCGAGGUAUCAAACAUUCUUUGUUGGGGAUCCUGCAUCAAAAUAUGUGUUAUCUAUGGGAGAUUUCAGUGGAGAUGCAGGAGAUGCCAUGUCUUUACAUAAUGGAAAAACGUUUGCAACAAAAGACAGAGACACCAGUACGAACAGUUGUGCUAAGAUACAUAAAGGUGGUUGGUGGUACGGAACGUGUCACGAUGCCAAUCUUAACGGUCUCUAUCUUCGUGGAACACAUUCUGCGCCCGCUAACGGAAUUAACUGGUACCAAUGGAGGGGCCACCGUUACUCGCUGAAGAAGACCCAAAUGAUGUUAAGGCGCCGCCGUUAAACAAUCAUUUCUAUUGUAAAUGAAAAGAGCUUUAUAAAUGUUAGUUCCCCCGAAUCACUUUCCAAAUUAAUUUUCAUCAGGAAAGCUCAAACUAAAAAAGAAAAGAUGAACUGGACGUUUUCUGACCUCUGAUCGCAAACUUAUUUUGAUAACCAUUAAUUUGUGCUCACAAUUGAAAACGAAUAAAGGUAUUGAUGACACUUUUAUUAAACGAUGUACCAUAAGUAUACGCGUUUCUAUCUAUGAUGAGUUGAUUUCUAACCACUCAAGAAGCAUGAAGUUGGAAUUUGACGCAAAUAUUUGAAUCCCACAUCUACUCUUACACGAUUUGCGAAAGAGCAGAUUUUAGAAAAUCACAAAUUCAUAUUUCUCGUCUCGAAUUGAGCUAUAAAAAAAGAGAUGAUAAAAAUCUCCUCUCUUUAUACUGGAUACUUUGACUUCACAAAAAUCUUAAUAAAGAACGAUAUAUUCGUUCGUGCAUGUUCAACCUAUAUGGACUACAUUUACCGAUGUGGGCACCUGACACAGAAACUGAGUUAUGAAUAAAAACCACUGAAAAUAACACUACACAAGUUUCACGCCCAGCAUCAUUAUUUGUUUGAUACAAUU